CAUGGAGGCUGUAAAUCGUGUGUGACUUUUGAGAGCGAGAAAUGUGGCCGGUUGUAUUUGUAAGACAUUGUGUUUGCUAUGGUAUAAAUGAGGAAGCUGUAAAAUUGGUUUCCAUGCUAAAAUCAACUUCGGUUUUCUGUCACUGGAGUGUCCUAUGGAGGGUUUAGUAAGUGAAUUACCUCUACUUCUAGUCAUUUUUUAAAAUCAGAGUAUAGUUUACGCAAGGUGUAGCAGCACAGUUUACGUCUGUUUCAUCUUGAAGUUUCGUGCAUUUUGCAUUAUUAGACAAGGAAGUGCGCUGCAUUAACAGGGAUGUCAUGCUUUAAACAUCGAGGAAAUUUCCGGAAGACAAGCAGCGUGAAAUUUUGCAUUAACUUUUUUCCCCUCCUUGACCGAAAUUCGCACAGUUAUUGUGUGAUUAAUAAUUGAAAUCGACUGAAUUGGACGAAAAGAUCGAUGCAUGUCGGGCAGGGUCACUGGGGACACCGACUUAAUUUGAGUUGCAGCUGUAUAGGGAUCAGAUUCGCUCGAGUCAUUUGGGUUUUCCAGUGAAAAUGCUGCUGUCUCUGGUCGUGCACACGUACUCGUUGCGGUACUGGCUUCCAGCAGCGGUGAUGCUGGGCACCGCUCCUGCUUAUCUGCUGUCCUGGAGCGCCUGGCGGCUGCUGUCCACUGUGCUACCGUCCAGACUCUAUCACACUGUGGAUGACUGUGUGUAUUCAGUGUAUCAGAGUAUGGUCCUGUUCUUCUUUGAGAACUACACGGGAGUGGAGAUUGUCAUUUAUGGGGACAUACCAAAGAAGGAGAAUGUGGUUUACCUGUCAAACCAUCAAUCCACAACUGAUUGGAUCAUUGCUGACAUGUUAGCCAUUCGACAAAAUGCACUUGGACACGUAAGAUACGUUCUGAAAGAUGGUCUGAAGUGGCUUCCUUUGUAUGGAUGGUAUUUCUCACAGCAUGGAGGUGUGUAUGUGAAGAGAAGUGCCAACUUUGAUGAGAAAGCCAUGAAAAAGAAAUUAUCUUCUCAGACCAAACGGGGUACACCUAUGUAUCUUGUCAUCUUUCCAGAGGGAACCCGCUACAACCCUGAGUUCCAGAAAGUUAUCAAUGACAGUCAGGCUUUUGCUGCUAAAGAAGUCAUGUUGUCUUGUCUUGCAGGACUUGCUGUGCUGAAGCACGUUUUAACACCGAGAAUGAAAGCAUCACAUGUUGCCAUUGAGACUAUGAAGGAACACCUGGAUGCUGUAUAUGACAUAACCGUUGCAUAUGAGGGAAAACUCACAGCAGCCGGCCAGAGACAUCCAGCUCCUACAAUGCCAGAGUUCCUGUGCAAGGAAUGCCCCAGGGUGCACAUCCACUUCAACCGCUUGGACAUGAGGGAAAUUCCUGUGGAGCCAGUGUUCUUCCGCAGAUGGCUACAUGAAAGAUUUGAAAUCAAGGACAAGCUACUGACCACUUUCUAUGAUUCUGAAGACCCUGAGAAAAAGUGCAGGUUCCCUGGAGAAAGCCAAAAGUCGCCUCUUAAUCUUACAAAGACAUUGCCUUCGCUGUUGAUUUUGGGUGGCCUCACUUUACCAAUGCUGUUAACAGAGUCAGGUAGAAAACUCUAUCUCAAUACCUGGCUCUAUGGGACUCUGAUUGGAUGGCUGUGGGUAAGUGUAAGUCCAUAAACUAACCAUACUGAAAAAAAAUCCAUUCUGACCACUCAGAUAACACAUUUAGAUUUCAUCAUUGGAUUCUUCAAUUCUCACCAUAGUUUAUUUUUGGCUCAUAGUAUACUACUAACAAAGAGGCUUUUUUAUUGUUUUUCAUUUGUUUUAUUUCAUACUCUUAACUGUCAGAAGGUAAACAGUAACAUUUGAUGUCAUCAUUCACUUGCUAUGUAGACCCAAUGUGAGGGUUUACUCACAUUUUACUCACAGGUUAGAGUUCAACUCUAAUCUGAAAUGCACAAAUGGAUAACAAUAUGUAGCACAGAUACAAUGUUUUGUAUUAAUGUUGAGUUAAUACCAUAGCAGUCUUGAAACAUUUGUAAUUUAACCAUAUCAUUGACCUUGUGGAACCACAUGUGUUUAAAUUUCCAGUAUGCAAGGUUUUUUUUUUGGUUGUUGUUUUUUUUUUUUUUUAUUAUUUGUGUGGUUCUGAAUAUGGUUUCUAACAUCAAUUGUGUAUACAGGGUCUGUAUUUCAUCAUGAUGUUCUUGAGAAUAUUUGGGGUAUUUUAUUAUUUUGUGCUGAUUUUCUUUGUGUAAUGCAGGUAAUUUUUGUUGGUUAUGCAUUGGAUUUUGGAUGUGUUUACAUCAGUUAUAUUUUUAUUUGAUUUGAUGCCUAGAUCUAAAAAGCCUGUCAGAUAUGGGCUUUUUAUUGUAAGCAUUUGCACUGUUGCUAAAUAUUUCACAGAUAGUUGCCAAAAUUCCUGGUUGCAGGGGUAUUAAAUAUUGU